GUUCAUUAGCCACAAUGUUGAGACAUCUCAUUAGCUCAAAACGAGACAGUUAACGAGUUGAACUCAAACAAGUCACCAAGUAGAGUAGACUCGCAAUUUUAACAAUAUUCAACUCAAACUCGAAUCUUGGUAAACAAUUUGAGAUUUAAACAAUAUUUUACCGAGUCUAAUAUCAACAACUCGUGAACAGCUCGGCUCAUUAAUCACCCUAGCUGGACAUAGCAACAUAGGCUGAUGCCUGCUAGGGAUGACAAUGGGUCGGGGUUGGGGCGGAUAGUGCAUAUCCAUAACCCUACUCAAAGUAGUUCGGGUUUUACCCAUACCCAUACCCAUACCCACAUAAGAAACGAGUAUAAAAUCCAAACCGUGCCCAUACACGUUUGGGUUUCAGGUAUCCACGAUUAUCCAUGGAUAAUAGUUUCUCUUUAUAACUCCAACCAAUAUGUUAAUAUUCACACGUAUUCUCAAGUUACGUAAAAUGAAAAGUACGACAAUAAUUCACUAGAAUGUAGAAAAUUAAUUAAAACAACACAAUUUCAUAAAAUAUUAUAUUUCUAUGCUAAAUAUAAAAUAUGUUAGAGAAAAAUAUUGAUUAUUUCUAGACAAAAUACAUAUGUCUGUGUAUAAUCGGGCGAGUUCGGAUUGGAUAGUGAGAAAACCAUGCCCAUCCAUUAAUUGCAAUAUUCGAGUUCGAGUUUUACCUGUACCCACUAAAAAUUUGUCGGGUUCGAGUUUUACCUUAUCUAAUUAGACCGAAUUCGACGAAUAUCCACAUACUUUUGCCAUCCCUAAAUUGCCCGCCGCAAGUGCAAAUUACUGUGAAGGAGGAAUAGGCGAAUAGCCCAAAAUCGUUGCUAGGUUUGAAGUACGAGAAUGGGCUGGGCUGGGCUCGGCUUUGGACCGCCGGCAAACGACAGUCAAGAACCCGGCCCGUUAGCAAAUCUCCAAGGCGCCGGGAAACAUCCAUAUUGGCGAGAUCAGGGGCAGAACAGACAAUUGGCAGUCCUCGCCGCACCAAGGUUAGCUUUACCCUCCGUCAGCUCAGCUCCGCUCCUUUUUAUUACCAGAGGCAGUGGCGUGCGCUGCCGCUUCGCGAUAAACCCUAACAUUGUUUUUCCAAUUUUCCUCCUCCUUUUUCACCCUUAAGUUCCUUAUCUCGCUUAUCGUCAGACGUCGAUCAAAGCUUCCCUCUCAUAGCUCCUCUCAAUUCCAGCGCGUCUGCUCUUUGUUAUUGAACUUCUCGAGUCUCCAACCGCCAAGUUGAGAGAUGGGUUCCAGGUCGAGGAACGAUAACGAUGGCGCAAGCCCAGGGAAGAUUUUCAUAGGAGGAUUGGCGAAAGAUACCACUUACGUUACUUUCAACAAGCACUUUGGACAGUAUGGGGAGAUAACUGACUCUGUCAUCAUGAAAGAUCGUCACACGGGUCAACCUAGAGGUUUUGGAUUCAUAACCUAUGCUGAUCCUUCAGUUGUCGACAAGGUCAUGGAGGACUCCCAUGUCCUCAAUGGAAAGCAGGUUGAGAUAAAGAGAACUAUCCCUAAAGGAUCUGGGCAGUCGAAAGAUUUUAAGACCAAGAAAAUAUUUGUCGGCGGCAUUCCAUCUUCUGUCACAGAAGAUGAGUUCCAGGAGUUCUUUUCCCAGCAUGGAACAGUUGUAGAGCAUCAAAUUAUACGUGAUCAUGAAACAAAUCGUUCACGAGGAUUUGGGUUUAUAAUUUUUGACAGUGAAGAAGUAGUAGAUGAACUGUUAUCAAAAGGAAAUAUGAUUGAUAUGGCUGGUACCCAGGUGGAGAUCAAGAAAGCUGAACCCAAGAAACCCUCAAACCUACCACCACCUGGUCCUGCAUAUGGUAGCAACUCUAGGAGUCGUUCAUUCAAUGACGGCUUUGCUGCUGGUGGAUACUCCAGCCCAUAUGGGGGUUUUGAUGGAGAGUUUGGCCCUGGUCCUUAUAGAACACCUGGGGGUAUGGGUAGUAGGCUUGGCGGUGGUGGGUAUGGCUAUGGAAAUGGGGGUCCAGAAUAUGGUGGUGGUGGUGGUUAUGGUAACUUUGGAGGUAGUGGCCUUGGAGGUUACCGAGGUGAACCCUCACUUGGUUAUUCAGGUCGUUUUGGACCUUAUGGCGAUGGCUUUAGUGGAGGCUAUGGCGGCGGUAGUGGGUUAGGAGGGUAUGGUCGAGGGGGUGAUGGGUAUGGCGGUUAUGGAGGUGGUGGUGGUUACGGUGGUGGUGGUUAUGAAUCUGGUCCAGGUCCUAGUUAUGGAGGAGGAGCAGGUGGUGGUGGUGGUGGUCUAUAUGGCCGGGGAGGCUAUAGUGGCAGUAGUCGUUAUCAUCCUUAUGCGAGAUAGAAGGGCAUUUCGAUGCAGUUGCUUAAGCUUUUGCAUAGACGCGUAUGUUAUCGACCAGGAUCCUCUCUAGUUGAAAAAAAAAACCCUCAAGCAAGGGUAGGCAACAACUCCCUACAUGCUCUAGAAGUCUCUCCGAAGCUUUCAGGACCAGAAUCCAGCUUGAUUACAACUCUUAUUCUACUGUAUUCUUUUUUCUAGAAAGACUUGAUAGUUACUUGCUGCCCUUAUGCUGAACUAUUUCUAGCUGGUUUUCUAUGAAGAUGGUGCUGUAGACUGUAGCAAACCUUGGGUUUAAGCGUGUUGGUUCCUCUCUUAGUGCAGAUUUCCUGGAUAGUAUUGUGUUCGUGUAUGUAGUAUCAUAGUAUGUAGUAUGUGUUAUUGCUCAUCUGUUUUUCAGAUAUUACUUGUUUAGCUAGCUGUUGGGACCUUCUAUGCUGAUAUUAUUUCUUGGUGUUAGUUCUGUUUGUGUAAUGGAGGUUUAUAGGUAUAGAUGCCUCAGUAGAGGGUAUUUACCCUUCGCAAACUGAUAAAAACAAUAAUGGAGUCGAUCACUUAUACCAGUGAUUUAGCUGAUAGACAACCAUAGUGUGCUCUCUUAUGUCUUGAUUUCCCUAGCAAUUCCUUGAAUAAUUCUUUUGUUAUUCUAUUACCAUUUAGAAUGUACAAUUUCGGGAUCUAUGUCUACACGAUUUUGGAAGAGUGGUUUCCCUCUAUAGUUUUUCCUGAUUGUUAUAGGUUAGGGCAAAUUGCAUAUCGAUAAAGUACAAUGGAGAUAUAUGAUUUGUAAGGAACAUCCUAUCUUAAUUGAUAAGAUGCAUUUUGAGAUGAAAUGAAUGAGUUCUUGUGCGAAUUUUGAAGCUAAACGUGCUUGAUGCGAAUCUUUAAGCUAAAUGUGCUUUGAUGCGAAUCCGUGUGAAGAUGAAUGACUUCUAGGGAAAUAAUUAUGAUGCACCCAAAAGUCCCAACCGCCCGCAAGGCUGUAUGAAACAAACGAUUUCUUGAUAAGAAAAGAUUGACAUGUUCUAUUUUAUAUUAUAAAAAAAAUACUUCCAUUAGACAAUAAUUGGUUGCUUAGCAACCACAUCUUGCGAAGACGAAUCAUCAGCAUCAUUUGGAUUUUGGUAGAGUCGCAAUGACUGCCCUCAAGAAGCGGUGCUAGAGCAUCUUGGUUCGAGUCCGAGUAGCGGCAUAAGAUUUUUUUAAUUUCCUAAAACAUCCAACAAGUCAUAUACUAUGAUGAAUUCAAUUCUAUAGCUCCCUCUUUUUUUAGAAUUAAAAUUUUUAAGGUAUUUUCGACUUUAGAACAUAUAUUAAUUCAUAUAUCCUUUUCAGUUUUUUCACUUGGAAUUACAAUUCAUUUGAUAACCAUAUUAAUCGAUGAAUUCGUAGAACUAUAUGAUUCGUCAAAAAAAGGAAUGAUAACUAGUUUUUUUUCCCUGUAUAACAGGAUUGUUAGUUACUCGUUGGAUUUAUUUGGGAUAACGAAAUCUACCCGAGUAACGACGUCAUGAAUAACUUUUUGACGAACUUUAUGAGUUGGAUACUCUUUCUAGUUUUGAUGAUCGGUUGAGUAUGGAAACACAUUAGUCAUGUACAAAAUGCAUUGUAAACUUGGUAAUCUUACAACGUUUCUAGGAUAAUAUUUCGAGAAACUAAAAGAGCUGGGCAAAAAAUAGAGCAGCUGGUUAAAUAUACUUAUUUCCAGAGG